ACUGAAAUAUAGUCACAUUCAAAGAAAAAUUUCGCAUUUUCAAUUAUCAAAACUCGAUGUUCACUUCCUUCACGUCUUUCAAUCUUUCAUCAGAUUACAAACCGAAAGAGUUUCUCCGAUUCCAGCGAGUGAUUUGGGGCUCCAAACGGUAAGAAAAAUGAGCAAUUUGAGAACAAUUUGUCGUCCCAACACGGUGUUCUCUUCAAUCAUAUGUUGUUGCAGAGACAGAGCUCGAUAUCGAUCGCAAUCCGUUAUUAGGGUUUCGUUCCGAAAUCCCAACACCAAACCUCGCCUGUCUUCGGCUUCUUGGUUGGAGUUGUCGGACCUCGGCAGGGUAGAGCCGUGGGUUCGAUUGAGCCAGAGGAGGACAGUUGCUCGGGCUUCAAAAUGGACGGAUGAGAAGUCUCCCUACGAAACUCUCGAAUUGGAAGGAGAUGCUGAUGAUGAGAAAAUAAAGUUAGCCUAUAGACGUUUGGCCAAGUUCUAUCACCCAGAUGUCUAUAAUGGUAGAGGGACCCUUGAGGAAGGGGAAACAGCUGAAGCUCGAUUUAUUAAGAUUCAAGCUGCCUAUGAAUUGCUCAUAGAUAAGGAGAAAAGGAAACAAUAUGAUUACAAUAAUCGAGUCAACCCGAUGAAGGCAUCUCAAGCAUGGAUGGAGUGGCUUAUGAAAAAGCGAAAAGCGUUUGAUCAGCGGGGGGAUAUGGCCAUUGCAGCUUGGGCUGAGCAGCAGCAGCGAGAGUUGAAUCUCCGUGUUCGUCGUCUUUCUCGUUCAAAGAUUGAUCCUGACGAAGAGAGAAGGAUCCUGGCGAAAGAAAAGAAGGCUUCUUUGGAGAAUUUCAAUAACACCCUUAAGCGGCAUACACUUGUCUUAAGGAAAAGGGAUUUAAUGCGGAAAAAAGCAGAAGAAGAAAAGAAAAAGAUUAUCAGCCGGCUUCUGGCUGCUGAGGGCCUUGAGCUUGCUACUGAUGACGAUGAAGCAAAGUAGACAAUGCCAGAGAUUAUUUGGAGUUGUCUGUUUCUUAUUGGAGGUACAACAUUCCAUACCUUAUUUGUUCCCAAAAGAAAAUGUUGUAUAUAUGAUUUAUAAUUAAUUGUAAAUUUCAAAAAAUGAACAAAAUAGUCAUUACUCUCUCUCUCUCUCUCACACACACACACACGUCUGCUUCAAGUUUUUAUUCGAUAGCUAGAAUAUUCAUUUCCUUGUCUUCAAAUGCAUCAUUUGGACAUGGUUGCAUUUGAAACAUUUACACAUGCAAACUGGACACAGAUUGUGGCUUUUGCUCUUAAUUCUUAAUUUCUUCUUUAGAACUAUACAAUGAAGUAGAGUUCAAGGGCAAUUCAGAGAACUAGAGACAAGCAUAUGAAGUGAGACACAGAAAGAGUGAUUUUAAAAGACAGACUAACUACUCUGCCAAUUGCUCUUACUGGUAAAUUAUUUCAGAACAUAAAUAUUUUCCUUUUCCGCCAUACUUUACUCCCUGUAAUUUCUUUAUUUGUGGUGUGUGUGUGUAUUUAUAUAUACUAGAUACAUAAAUGUAUGCAUUUUAAUAAUAUAACUUUGAUAUCA